CUGGCCUCAAUCCAAAUAAGCGCCUCCUCUUUGACGAAACUUUCUUUUUUGCUCUGUUCGUUGUUGUUCCCUGUAAAAUUUCUCCCCUGUUUUUUUAUUUUAAUUUUAAUUUUUGUUCUUGGGUUUUAUUCGAAUCUGGAAUAUUGUUCUUACUUUGUGGGUUUUUGUUCAAAUCCACAUUGGAUAUUCUUUUGGGAUUGGUUGAAGUUGAGUUGGAUUGAAUUUUUUUAAGAAUCCGUUUCUCCAGUGGUGAAGAAAUUUGGAUUAUUAUUUGAGUGAUUGAUCCAGAGACGAGAAUGUCUCAGGAUUUGUCUUUGGAUCAAGACCCAGAUGAAUCUGAUCCUGAGUUCGUGGAGAUUGAUCCUACAGGUCGAUAUGGACGGUAUAAGGAAAUUUUAGGGAAAGGGGCAUUCAAGAAAGUAUAUCGGGCUUUUGAUGAAUUGGAGGGAAUUGAAGUAGCUUGGAAUCAGGUUAAAGUAACAGAUCUAUUACGGAAUUCUGAAGAUUUGGAGCGACUUUAUUCAGAAGUUCAUUUGCUCAAGACAUUGAAGCACAAGAACAUAAUCAAAUUUUACAAUUCAUGGGUUGACACGAAGAAUGAAAACAUCAACUUCAUUACUGAGAUAUUCACUUCAGGGACACUUCGACAAUAUAGAAAGAAACACAAGCAUGUUGAUUUGAGAGCACUGAAAAAGUGGUCUAGGCAGAUAUUAGAGGGCCUUUUGUAUCUUCAUAGUCAUGACCCUCCGGUUAUACAUAGAGAUUUGAAAUGUGACAAUAUCUUUGUCAACGGCAACCAAGGUGAGGUGAAAAUUGGUGACUUAGGACUUGCUGCCAUUCUUCAACAAGCUCGUUCGGCUCACAGUGUCAUUGGGACGCCAGAGUUUAUGGCCCCAGAGUUGUAUGAGGAGGAAUACAAUGAACUUGUGGAUAUUUAUGCUUUUGGGAUGUGUUUGCUUGAGCUUGUAACCUUUGAAUAUCCGUAUAUUGAAUGUGCAAAUGCUGCUCAAAUCUAUAAGAAGGUCACAUCAGGGAUAAAGCCAGCUUCAUUGGCAAAGGUCACCGAUGGGGGAGUUAGAGCAUUUAUAGAAAAAUGUAUUGCAAAUGUCUCUGAUCGCUUGCCUGCAAAAGAUCUUUUAAGAGAUCCAUUUCUUCUAGCAGAUGAAGAUCAUGAAAGUAUAUCACGUCAUCUACAUCCCAAAAUACACCAUAAAGAGAAAAGAGAACAAAUUGAUACUGAUACAAGCGUAGAUGAUACUCCUGCUACUAGCGUAGACUUCAGCAUGCAUGGUCAAAGAAAAGAUGUUAACAAGAUAUUUCUCAAACUAAGAAUUGCAGACUCCAUGGGUAAUUUUCGCAAUAUCCAUUUCCCAUUUGAUAUUGAAGCCGACACAUCAAUUUCUGUUGCUAGUGAAAUGGUUGAGGAGUUGGAUCUUUCAGAUCAAGAUGUCUCUACGAUUUCUGAAAUGAUCGAAACCGAGAUUCGGUCGUAUAUUCCAGAUUGGACAUCAGUUGAGUAUGCUGUAGAUAAUGUAGGAGCAGAAGUUGUCAUUUCUGAUAGCUCUCCAUCUGAUUCAAGAACUGCUGCCUCUCCCAUAUCUAUAGAAUCUGGUAACCUUGCAUUAGAGGUCCUGCCUUCAGGUCGCAAGUAUUGGUCCGACUCGCCGAAGGGAGUGGGCGGGUGCUCUCCCGUUAAGCCAGGUCCUUCAAACUUGUCUUUUGCCUCAGAACAGAAUGUUGAAUCCUCUAGUAGCCACAUGCAUGAGGAUAACAUAGAUCAUGCAGCCAUAAUCAUGGGACUAGAAAAUGAGCUUUUGUCUGAAGAUGCUGCUAAUGAUGGGCAGGAUGAGAGUAUAUUAACUACAGAUAUUCAUGCUAGCUCUGAGGCACAUCCCUCAGAUUAUGAUGAAUCAAUUGGCAUCGAGAUAAUGACCGAAAAACUCGAAAAUUUGUUGACACAGCAAAAAGAAGAAUUAGAUGAACUGAAAACCAAACAGAAAUUAGCCAUUUCAGAGCUUCUGGCUGAACUUACACCUGAGACCCAUCAGAAAGUUUUGAAGAUAUGUAAGCUUAAGCAUUCUGAUAUGUAAGCUUAAGCAUUGGUGUGUUGAGUAUAAUGGUACCUCCUUUCUCUCCGAAUGUAAACCAAUUUACACAUUCUUGUUUAGUGAAUAUUUAGUUUCUAAUCUUCAAAUUAGCCUUUUC